UUUUUUGUUGAUAAAAUAAUAGAAUUCUUGUUUUUAUGGUUUCUCUUGUAAAAAUUGCAUUAUCAACAAUAUGGAGAAAUUAAAAAUUUCUGAUUGGUCAGAAAAAGCUAAAGAUAGUAAUUCUUUAUUAGAGAAGUAUGCCAAAAAAAAUAAUUGGGAAAAGUAUUUGUUAAGGGAAGAAACUGGAGACAAAAGAAAUCCAAAUUACUUUGAAAAUGAAAAAGUUUCUUAUGGUUCCUUGUACUUUUCUGUCAAAGAUCAAGCUGCCAAAUGGUCUGUUACAUAUGGACCUUGGUCAAACAAUGGAAAAAAAAUAGUACACGGAGGUGCAAUUGCUACACAUCAUGAUUCAAUUGCUGCUGUUUUGAUUGAAAAAUGUUUUGGUCUCAAAUAUGCAACUGCUAGCCUUAAUAUCAAUUACAAAAGUCCUAUGGCAGUUGGAUCAACUUUUUUGUUCGAGUGCAAAGUUGUAAAAGUGGAAGGACGAAAAAUAUUUCUUGAAAAUAAAAUAAUUAACUUUGAAAACAACAAAGUAGUAGGCGACGCUUCUGUAUUAUAUAUAUUGCUUAAUUAAAACUCGUGUUUAA